AAUUCAGCUCGUCCAGGAAGAUGCCCCCCUGCGUCCUGCUCCAUAUCCUCACUUUGCUCUCCACAAGAAUACAAUCCCGUUUGUGGCCAUGAGUGGAGACAUGAAGGCUGUUUACUACCAUGCGCCAAAGAACUUUGAGGUACGGGAUGUUCCUAUUCCUCAGGUUGGCGACGGGGAGGUAUUGUUCAAAGUGACGUGUUGUGGUAUGUUGAGAUACAUGAUCUUCAUGUCCCACAGUUGUUGAUUCCAGUCGAUCGUGACACCAGGGGUUUGUGGAACUGAUGGACAUGUGCAUGACGGAGAGUUCAUCGCGAAAUUCCCGCUUGGCCAGUGUAAUCGCCGAUAUCGGAAAGGACGUCGAGGGCUUCGCCAAAGGAGACCGAGUCGUUGCCGACCCAGGCAUUACGUGUGGAAGAUGUUUCUACUGUCGGAGAGGCAGGUCAUUGCUUUGCGAAAACUUCGACGGCCGAGGUGUAACGCUUGCAGGCGGUUUCGCUGAAUACGUUGCAUUUGAGGCGAAGCAAGUGUACAAGAUCCACAACCUCUCGGAUGACGAAGCCACACUGAUCGAACCUGCUGCAUGCGCAGUUCAUGGCAUGGAUCAACUGAACGCUCCUGUUGGCGUCGAAGCACUCAUUAUUGGAGCUGGUCCUACGGGUCUCAUCCUGGCGCAACUUUUGAAAUUGAAUGGCGCCGCUAAAGUUACAAUUGCCGCAAACAAGGGUAUCAAGACCGAAGUAGCGAAGCAACUAGAAGCCGGCGACCAUUUCAUUGAACUUGAUCGAGUGAAUCCUGAAGCCCAAUGGCAACAACUCAAAAAGGACAACCCAUAUGGAUUCGAUGUCGUUGUCGAAGCUACCGGCUCUGAGAAGAUCGCUUCGGACGCUAUCAAUUAUGUUCGCCGCGGUGGUACACUCAUGAUCUAUGGCGUAUACGACAGUACAGCUCGUGUGCAUUGGUCUCCUUCCAAAAUAUUCCUCGAUGAGAUCCGGAUCAUUGGUUCAUUCGCUCAGACCCACUGUUUCCCUCGAGCAGUGGCGUACCUGGAUAGCGGCAAAAUCAAAGUGAAAGGUUUGGUCACCGAUGUUUUCAAGAUCGACGAGUACCAACAAGCACUUGACAAGAUGAAUAGCCGUAGUGCAGUAAAGAUUGCUGUGAAGCCGUAACAGCUACGGGGAACAUGCUUAUGUACCUGUCCGAACGAUGAUUCUUAAAGGCAAAUACGAUGACAUGACCUUUCAUGAAUACAUAAUUUAUCCUGACACCCGUCAGCAUCUGAAUGUUUGUACCCAUCUUUAACCUUUGAAUUAACUGUAUCUCCCAGCU